AUAAUUGGUAAGCAGGUAGUUCAAAGUCUGGUGGCGCAACGCGUUGGUUCUAUAACAAUAUAAUAUAUUCGAUGACCUUAUUGCGUUUCGCUGACCGUCGAUGGUGUUUCGUUCUGCGCUGUAAACAAUACAAAACAAAGUCGAACUGCGUUAGUGGCGGCUUUUUGCAAAUGUGAAAUCUUCAUUCAAUUGCGAAUCGUUUGCCGGCGAAGCAACUACCCGUAUUGUACGUGCGACAAGAUGAGACACCUGCGAUUGAUAGCGUUUCUCACAAUGGCCGCGCACGUGUUGUUGCGCGCCGACUGCAAAGAUUGUUACUGGAAAGGCUUUCCGUGGUGCGGUUUCGCGAUAAGAUGCGGCGACGACCACUUCAUGACGUACGGCAUGAGGUGGGGCUGCCUGCUAAACGCCGACAAGUACUGUUGUCCCGCCGGCGACGGCGACGACAUCGUGCUGUGCGAACACAAGGACCACAAGGGAAACUGCAUAGCCCAUUCGGUGACGAGCCGGUCGCCCUGCGUGACGGUGGACAACAACGACUGGGCCAGCUCGGUGGACACGCUGGGCAAAUGUUUCAGGCUCUACGAACACAACCGGUGCGAAGGCCGCUCGGUGGCCGUCUAUCCCGGCAGCGUGGGCCACGACGAUUUGAGCUCCGUCGGCAUGAACGACAUGGUCACGUCCGUGGGCAGUUGCUGGGACCACGACAGGUACCGCGAGUGCCCAACGCGGUCCAAACGGGCCGCGGGCAACCGGUGCGAGUUCGCCAUGGACGUGCUGACGGUCGGCUUCCUGGCGUGGCGGGCGCGGGACACAAUCGGCUUGACGGGCCCGGUCAACUACUACCAACGGAGCGGCAGAAACGGCCGGACCGAGUCGAUGGAGGCGUUCAUCUAUCCGCGGCACCUGUACACCGGGACGGGCACCAACGGAGCCGCACAAGCGUACGCCCGCCGAAUGGGCCACGGCAACGACGACGCCGGUCACUUGUUGGCCUCUCGGCUGGGCGGUUCGGGCACGGAUUUGCGCAACAUUUUCCCGCAGAGCCCGAACAUCAACCGCGGCGUCAUGGCCCAGACGGAGGCGAUGGUCGCCGAGGUGGUCAACUCGUACGGCAGCGCGCGUUACAAUGUCAAUCUGGAGUACGCCGACGAAGACGCCACCCGACCGGUUCAGAUCGUCGUGCGCAUCGCAAGAGGAGACACCGGCGAAGUGAUCCUCAUCAACGACUUGGUAAAUCCGUGACCGCGCGUCGUUCGUGUGGCUAAAAUAAAAAAAAAAAAAAUAUAUAUAUA